UUUGACAUUAAUAUUUUGUGCCAAAACGACGGAGUAUUUCGUCUCUCCGUCACCUCAUAGUUAGAUACCGUGUAACUGACUGAAUCCUCUCUCUCGGAAAGUGGCGACUUUCUCUAUCAGUCCGUCGUUGGCACAGCCAAUGAGGGAGUGAGAGGCGGGAGAGAGAAAGCGAGCUAUGGUGAGUAAAUAAAUGAGUAAUGGAGCGUAGCAAAAUGCCGGAGGGGAAACACCUGGUGGUAUCAGAAGCAGCUUUUAAAGGAAUUUCAAUGGAAAACCCUAAUAACUCAGAGUCUGCGCAGGAACGGCAUGCUCUUCCUACUAAGGAGAUAACCUCGACUAGUAGGGAGGAAGGAGAGCUCAGCACAUCCGACGAUGACGAAAACCAACCUCACUGCUCAACUUCUCAAUUCACUGGUGUGAAUGCAGCUGAACUGAAGCCCUUGGAAGUUGAAUUGGUUAAAGAUGCACAUGAUAUUGAGGCUGGAAGGUGUGCGUCUUCUAACACAUUGGCGAAAUUAAGUUCACAAGCAUCUCAAGAGUCAAAAUUUCAUAAAAGUUCCGAUAAGAAUCGAGGCUCAUUUGUGCCCUUCCUGAUAAGUUUUUCAGAUGAUGAAAGUGGCAGUGACCCAGAGGGCACUGCACAGAAAAACACAUUGAUAAGGGAAAACAGGUGCUUAUCUGUAAAUACAAGUAGCAAACUCCCACAAGCAGAAGCAGCUGCACGUAGACCACUCAAACUAGGAAAAGUAAUUAAAAAUGAGGCUAGAGUGAUGAAAAAAUUGCCCCUUACUCACCAGUUUGUGUCUUCAUCUCAUAAAAACAGUACUGUUAUGGCUAGAAGGGGUGGAUUGACUUUAAACGUCCGAAAUAAUAACAAUUUUAAACAGACAAAUGGUCCAUCUCUUUUGCGUAAAACAAAUACCACAUUGAAUAAUAGUAAACUACAAGAUUUACGCCAAUUGAUUGCUAUUCGGGAGAACGAAUUGAAGCUUAAGGGUACUCAGCAAGUGAAGAGUUUUAGUUCAACUGAAUGUAAGGAUCUCAGUGUUAUGGGUACAUGCAUUAGCAUGAGAGGUUUCUCCGGAGCCACUGGUGCAGAAAACAUGUCCCACGAGUCAAAAGAACCUACCAAAAAGCGCCAAAAGAUUGAUGAAAAUCAUUCAAGCCAGAUGGUUCAGAAUUCUCAAGUCACAGAUACACUAUUACCAUCCGAAAAAUCUGUGUCAGAAAAUUGUGGUCAACCUGGUCUUGGUGGUCAAAGCAGUCAUGGUGAAAUGUUUGAGAGACCUCAUGCAGGCCUUGCUAUACACCAUGAGCAUGAAAAUCAGGGUUCUAUGUAUUUGACAAAAUUACCUACUGGUAGGAAGGCAGGUACUGAUUUAUUGACAAGUCAAAGUGGCCGGAAAACAAACCUGAGGGACUGUAUGAUUACAUCAGCACAAGCUGCAGUUGCUAAUGAUUCAAAGGAAGUGGAGUUGAAGGGUCCAACUAAGCAUAGUCACCAAUUCAUCCCUGGCCCUGGGCAAGCUGGUAAGAGUUGUACAGGAAGAAGCCCUAGUGAUCCAGUUGCACUUGAUGAUCAACCACAUCCACAUGUCACCCAGAAUGUAAACCAGGAACCCCUGAAUAUUCAACAAGUUCCACACAACUUCAGAAAAGUAAACAUGUCUAGGAAUAGUGGCAUGGAUUUGCAAUCGUUGUUGGACACUGAGGAAUUACAUGAUAAGCAGCUUGAGGAGGCCCAGGAAUAUCGGCGCAAGUGUGAAAUUGAAGAAAGAAAUGCUCUCAAUUCCUAUAGGAAGGCUCAGAAGGCCUUGAUUGAGGCAAAUGCUAGAUGUUCUGCUCUAUUUAGUAAAAGAGAGAUAUACUCAGCACAGCUUCGACGUCUUAUGAUAGAGAAUCCAGUCUAUCCUAAUACGUUGUUCCCUCUUGGAUCUCACAUUGAAACUGAUUUCAACCCCUCAACCAAUUACGGUGCUAAUAGGCAUUUAAUGCUCUCUUCAUGCUGUCCUGCACAGCUUGAUUGUGAUGGCCGAGAUCAUCAAAUGCGUGAUGCAGAGUUCCAUUCUGCUUUCGAGGCCAUGCAAAAUGCAUCAGACAUGCAUGUUGAUGAUAGGGAAAAAGUGACUUCUGAUCCUUUUAGUGAGCCUGAUGUUAGUACGUCUGAGCUUAAUAAGGUCAAUCACAAAGAAAGUGGUGUCUGCUUGCAAGCUGAUGACAUCAGUAUGUCUGCGGAGGAGGAAGAUGGGUUGCUUCAAAGGUCCCCUCAGAACAGCUCCGAAUAUCAAGGGGAGGGGGCAUUUGGGGUGGUCCAGGAAAAGGAGGCAAACGACGUACCAGAAAGGCAGUUAGCUAUGGAUAGUUCUCGGGAUACUUUGUUACUUGAAGCGUCUUUGAGAUCUCAGCUCUUUGAAAGGUUAAAAAUGAAAGCUUUGCCUAAGAAAGUAGGAGGAAGCCCGAAUGUGGAGACCAUCACUGAGAGUUUGUUAGAAGUGGAUGAUUUCGGAAGAAGGAUGGGAUUGAGUUCAGGCAAUAUAUCAUCAUCUGAUGUUGAGAAAGAAAAGGCUUCUGACUUCCCUGUAUCUUCUGAUAAAGCAGAUAUAGAGUAUGACACCCCUGUUGAGAUAAAUGACCGUUGCAAUAAUGAUACAUUUGGAUCCAAUUUUUCCUCUAUGUUGUCCACUAGUCAUUUGAGCAGUUGCAUGUCCAUAGAUGAGCAGCACUCACAAUCAUCAAAUUUCGCCACCUUCUCUCUUCCUGCUUUCAGGAGUGCAUUUUCUCACCUUAAGCAUUCUCAUACCACUAAUUUUGGCAAACCACAGAUUAGAGGUGUGAAUAUUCAAGCUUCUCAUGUUAAUAAUGCAAACGAUGAUGAGACCCCGGGGAAUACUUUCAGAGUAGAUGAAUAUGCUUCACUGGAUCUACAUUCCAACAAGAAUGGUUCUUAUUCCUGCGAAUUUGCUAUCGAUCCACUUUGGCCGCUUUGCAUGUAUGAACUCCGGGGGAAAUGCAAUGACAUAGAAUGUACUUGGCAACAUUUUAGGGACUACUCUUCUGAAGCUAAAAAAAACACUACCUGCAACAACAGGGAUUUGAAGGAUGAGUCAACAAUUCGAAGAGGAAAAUCCGCUUUCACUAAUGCACUCACCAUGUCAAAUGUAUCUGCUCCCCCAACUUAUCUAGUUGGUUUUGAUGUUACCAAAGUUGAUUUACAGACAUAUAAAUCUGCUGUAGCUCAAAAGAAGUGUUUCAGCGGUUUCUUGGUUCUUUCAAGUCUACUUCUAACUGACCUGACUUCAAAAGAGCCAUUUCUGUAUGGCUCUGAAGCUCAUGUUGAGGUCCAUGGGGGUUGGAACAGGCAAUUACUCUAUUUCCAGAGCAGAAACGGAACAUCGAUUGAAGGUGGCCACCAAUUUUCAGAUGAUGAUCAAUCCAUAGAAUUGGCUCUUUUGAGUCUCUGUCAAGAGGGUAAUAAAAGCAAAGGCCGAAUUCAGGCUCUGAAAGUGCUUGCUCGUGCUCUGGAAGCUUGUCCUACUUCAGCAGCUCUGUGGAUUGUUUACUUGUUGAUUUAUUAUAGCAAUCAAAAGUGCAUUGGGAAGGAUGACAUGUUCAAACACGCGGUUGAACACAGCAAAGAAUCAUAUGAACUGUGGGUGUUAUAUAUUAAUAGCCGUGAAACACUUGAUGAGCGGUUGACUGCAUAUGAUGCUGCAAUAUCUUCACUUUGCCAAAACAUUUCAAACAGAGAUGCCUUUGCCAGCGAAUGCAUCCUUGACCUCACUCUCCAGAUGAUGAAUUUUCUGGCCAUGUCUGGAAACAUUGGAAAAGCCAUUGAGAAGAUCAAUGAUCUCUUCUCCACAACAAACAUACCUAACAACCCACAUAAUAACUUGUUCUUCCCUGACAUAAUCCCCCGCUUAACCAUUUCUGAUAAAUGCAUUUUCUGGGUUUGCUGUGUAUACAUCGUCGUGUAUAGAAGACUACCAGAUUCCAUAGCCAACCAGCUUGAAUCCCAGAAAGAGCUUUCUUCCAUAGAGUGGCCGCCUACUCAGUUAACUACUGACGAGAAGCAGCAAGUGGUCUCCCUGAUGGAAUUAGCUGUAGAUUCACUAGUGUUGCAUAUCGAUAGAGAGUCUCUUGAGGAUGAAUUAAAUCUAAGUGCGGCACACUUAUUUGCUCUGAAUCAUGUCAAGUUCGUUGCCGUUCUUGAAGGGAUAGACUGUGGCAGGAACCUUCUGGAGCGAUACAAGAAGCUUUACCCGUCUUCUUUAGAACUUGCUCUAAUGUCAGCUAGGGUAGAACACGAGUUUCAGGAUUCGAGGAGUUAUGAAGGGUUUGAAGAAGCUUUGGGCAACUGGAUUGAUGAGGUUCCUGGGGUUCAGUGCGUUUGGAACCAGUACACAGAAUGUGUGUUCCGAGACGGGAGAUUGGAUAUCGUGAAGGAAUUAAUUGAUAGAUGGUUCCGGUCGAAUGAUUUGCCUGAAUCGGGUUCAAUCUCGGAUGUUAGUUCUUGGCUUUCCAGUUUUACCCAAACUGAUGUUGUGUUUGGGUUACUCAAUUAUGCUAUCUAUAAGCUACUAAUGAAAAACGAUCCAAUCGAGGCUCGUAUGGCUUUGAAUAAAGCGUUGGAUGCUGCUGAUAAUACCGAGUGUUACAAUCAUUGUGUUAGGGAGCUUAUUAUGUUCCUGAUAACAUCAGCAGACAGAAGUGCUUUACAAGUUGUGAAAGGCUACCUGUUUGAUGCCCGUGCUUCUUCGCCCGUGUCUGACCCAUUGACCCGAAACUUCAUCCGAAACUUGAAGAAGCCUAGACUCCGGCAGCUGGCAGGGAAACUGCUGAGUCCCAUCCCAUCAGACCCUACGCUGGUGAACUCUAUCCUUAAAUCGUGGUUUGGCCCGUCUCUCUUACCGUGCACAACCGAUAAAUUGACCGAUAUGGUUGACUUUGUCGAGAGCUUGAUGGAAAUCCUUCCAUCUAACUAUCCGCUAGCCAUUUCCGUCUGCAAGUGGGUAAGCAGCCGAAAGGCUUCCUUUUCUGCCAGUGUCUCUUUCUGGGCAGGCUCUCUCUUGUCAAAUGCACUCUUUCAAGCGGUCCCUGUUGCACCAGAGUACGUAUGGGCAGAAGCUGCGAGUCUUCUGAUUUGCCUGAUGAACUGUGAGGAGAUAUCCAUUAGUUUUCAUAGGAGUGCAUUGUCGAUAUAUCCAUUCUCAAUCAAGCUAUGGAAAUCUUAUGUGGGUCUAUCUACGUCGACUGGAGAGUUGGCAAAAGAAGCUGCAAAAGAGAAAGGUAUUCCCCUGGAUGAAUUUCUCUGUGUUUGAUAGAGAAUGUUAAAGUAGGAAGCAAAUUUUGAUGUAUGCACGAUGGGUCCAAAUUUGUACACACAGGAAACUGAAAUAGUAGCAACAUUUGUUAAAAUAUACUCGCCUCCACAAGAGCAAUGUGGGUGCUGUUAUAAGGUGCUGUUCAAUAUAAAGCUUUUUCAUUGAAAAAUACGAAUUUUUCAAUUUUAAUUCUUCAGAGUGCGUAUGUUCAAACACCGCACUUUUGGCCA